CGGCGCCAUGGUGCUGUUGGAGAGCGAGCAGUUCCUCACGGAGCUGACCCGGCUCUUCCAGAAGUGCCGGCUCACGGGCAGCGUGUUCAUCACCCUCAAGAAGUACGACGGCCGCACCAAGCCCACUCCCAGAAAGGGGUCCCUGGACGGCUUCGAGCCCGCUGACAAGUGUCUGCUAAGAGCCACGGACGGGAAGAGGAAGAUCAGCACGGUGGUGAGCUCCAAAGAAGUGAAUAAGUUUCAGAUGGCUUACUCAAAUCUGUUGAGAGCUAACAUGGAUGGCCUGAAGAAGAGGGACAAAAAGAACAAGAGUAAGAAGAGCAAAGCAGCACAGUGAAGUACAGACAAUCUCCUUCCUCCAGCCAUGGAGAUUUUUUUUUUUUUUUUUACUUUCUACCACAUAGCUAGAUAUCUGGUUCCCCUGCUUCCCUGCAAUAACUGUUCUCAUGUGAGAUGAAAUCAUUUUGGAUAAAAGAACUGUAUUUACAGGGUAGUUGUAAGAGCCCAGUUUAUUUUAGGUUGCCAACUGGUCUGUGUCCCAUGGUUGUAAAUGUCUGAAUUACAGUUUAAGGUCUCUCAAGUCAUGUGUGUGAACAGCAGUGUAUUAUUAAACUCAUCUAUU